AUGGCCGCGGGGCCAAGUUGGCCUGACCUCUUAGGACAUCAGGCCCUCUGUGGGUCGUGGCCGCGGGGCCGAGUUGACCUGGCCCCUUGGGGCCUCUUACCCUCUAUGGAUCAUCGCCGCGGGGCCAAGGCCAAGUUGGCCUGGCCCCUUGGGGCCUCUGGCCCCCUGGGCCUGGGCCCGGUAGGCCCGGUCAUUAAUCCACCUAUGGCCAUCUACAGUGAGUAUUUCACAGAACCCAACAAAGUAGCCAUCGUCGGAAAAUCAUCACUGGCAGCCGUGACACGAAGGGCACCUUUGUGUCACAAUAUGGGGACGUGGACCAUGGAGGAACACCCAGAUGCGGACAUCGUACAGCAGAGCGUCAUUAUGACAGCCCCAGAACCCACCGCCUCAGCGUCCACCCCGUCUCCCUUCAGUCGCAAAGUAUCAUCUCCAACUCCAGAAUACUUCUCUGGCGAGGUGGGCUCUUGUGGAGCUCAGCACCUCCAGCAGCCUGCUACCCCUUUUCCAAGCCUCCACCACCCUGGGACCCAGCCUGCCACCAUUUCUCUGCCCUCCGACAGCUCCAGCUCACGUUCUCCCAAGCCUGACCCCUUCUGCCUGGACUUGGACCUUCCCAGCCCUCCACAACUCGCUCUCCUGCAGCACCACAUGCCCUUCACACCUGACCUGAUUCGAAGAAAACUGACCAGACUCCACACCGGCAAAGCUGCAGGCCCCGAUGGUGUAUUUCCCAGGGUGCUUAAAGCUUGUGCCGCCCAGCUGUGUGGAGUCCUUAGCCUGGUCUUCAGCCUGAGCCUGCACCUCAAGAGAGUCCCUGUGCUGUGGAAGACGUCCUGCUUCGUUCCUGUGCCUAAGACGCCGCGUCCUAACGGCAGUCAGGACUACAGGCCAGUGGCAUACAAAGCGGACACUUCUCCCCUUGUUGCUCCUCUUGCCUCCCCGUUGAUCUGCCAGCUACGCACAGCUCGAAAGGGGAGGAGAUUCGGGCUAACCCUCCCCUCUCACACCCCCACCGUCUCCCCCCUUCGCUACUCUAAAGGAGAACCCAAAAAGAAGCGGCUCAAGGCUUCGCGCAUUUCCCUCUGUCCUGCAGCUCCCAGUGCAGCGAAACGGAUUUCCACAAACUCAUUCCAAGUGGACUCUUCAAAAGUGUGUGUGCUAAUCUGA